CUUUGGCAGCCAGGAUGGUCGAAGGAGAAUUGUGGAUCCAAUUGUGUUAACCACUUGCUCACAGGAGUCAUUAUCGAUUGUGGUAUCUAUAACAAAGAAAUGCAUUUCUCCUGAACCAUCAUCCCGUCCCUCAUUUGAGGACGUUCUUUGGAACUUGCAGUAUGCAGCUCAAGUGCAGACCGCAGCUGAUGCUGAUCAGAAAUCAGAUUCAACUUCAUAGUUGUAGGCUAGGCACCCAAAGUUCAGUUACUAGAAGCCUGCUGACUGCCGUCAUUAUCUUUGUAAAGAAGUAAGUUUAGCAACUCCAGAGGUGCCUUCUCUUGAUCUAAACGUAAGAAACAAGGGAGAUUCACAUCUGAGCUGCUUUCCCCAUAAUGUUUAAAUAUAAAGAUGUAAAUAUCAGUUUUUAUUGCGUAGACGAGACAUUUGCUGAGCUAAAAUUAAUUUUGGUAGAAUAUAGCUUUCUGUUGUGACCAGUGACACCUAAACUAGGAAAAUACCUCAAAUUUAGUUAUACAACUGUCAUUGUAUUGCUGAACAUCUCAUCAUUAUAAUCAGGUUGGUCUUAAAAAUGAAUGGGAAUUCUGUUU